CAUUCACUAACUGCUCCAAGUAAAAUGGCAGCCUCCUUUCUAAGUGGAAAAUUCUGCUUUAUAAUUUAGUUUAUGUGCACACCCUGGUUUUAGAAGAGCCAUUUAUUUGAAAAAAUAAUAAAAAUAGAUCUGCUGUGAUAUAUUAUUUCACAAUGUCGGACACUUGGGAGGAUUUGCAGGCGAUCAAAAGUCGUCAGAGCAGUCUUCGGGAGAAAAUGCGCCAACGCAAGAGAGAACGCGAAGGCAUUGUAGCUCAGCUUGCAGCCGUCAUUCCAGAAACAGCAGCAUCACUUGGAAAUGUGAAAUCAGACAGUUCAGCCAAAUCCUCUACUUCUGCUCCGUCUUCAUCAACUGAGGCUCCCUCAACAAAACCAGAGUCGCUUAAGAUUGAACCGGAUGUUGAGAAGAAACUUCUACUUGUCUUGUGUGAUAUUAUGCUGGACAUUCCGUCAGACGCUCUGGUGAUUACGAAGCAGACGUCAAAACUGCUUGGUCGAGAGGUUAAACAGCAGCUUAUCGAACAACUACUUCAUAAGUUUGAGGCUCAGCAGAUGUUGAGCAUCUUUGUUAAGGAAUCGGGUAAUACAAAGACUCUAACAGUGACCUCAGUGGACUUAUCAAAGUUGGCUGCUGUUGGUGAUGAUCAGGAUAGUAAAUCACGGAAACGAAAACGAGACAGUUCUGAGGAAGAAAAUUUUCCUAGUGCCAAACAACAGAAACAGGACAAAUCUGUGGCUAAAGUAGAUGACAGCAUUGAGAGCUUGCUGUCCAUGCAGUCGGCUAAAGAGAAAGAGGAGAAGAAGAUGAAUGAGGAGAUUCUUCAACUUCUCAGCAAACCUACAGCAAAGGAACAGUAUCUAGUGGACAAGUUUAGAUCAAGGGGAGGGGCCCAGCUGAAAGAGUUUUGCCAGUACGGCACACGCGACGAAUGUCUGAAGUACGUGGAGAAAGAUGGUGCUUGUAAGAAGCUACAUUUCAGGAAGAUCAUUCGCAAACACACGGACGAGUCACUUGGAGAUUGUUCGUUCCUCAAUACCUGUUUCCAUAUGGACACUUGCAAGUAUGUACAUUAUGAAAUAGAUUUCCCCACUGCCAAAAAGGAAAUGGCUCUGUUGAAGAAGGAGAACACUCUGACCAGUGUAGGCAUGGCCAGUGACUGUUGUCUGUAUCCUCCACAGUGGAUACAGUGUGACUUGCGUAUCUUCAACAUGUCUGUCCUGGGUAAGUGUGCCGUUGUGAUGGCCGACCCACCCUGGGACAUCCACAUGGAACUGCCCUACGGAACAAUGAGCGAUGACGAGAUGAGACGCCUGGAUGUGCCCGGUCUGCAGGACGAUGGUUUUAUCUUUCUCUGGGUCACAGGAAGAGCCAUGGAGCUUGGACGAGAAUGUUUGGAUCUCUGGGGCUACAAGCGCUGUGACGAGUUGAUCUGGGUGAAGACCAAUCAGCUUCAGCGUAUUAUCCGCACAGGAAGGACAGGUCAUUGGCUGAACCAUGGGAAGGAACACUGCCUGGUGGGAGUGAAAGGCAACCCUGAGGGAGUGAACCGAGGAUUGGACUGUGACGUCAUCGUGGCCGAGGUGAGAGCAACAAGUCACAAGCCAGAUGAAAUAUAUGGAAUUAUUGAGCGACUGUCUCCAGGAACUAGAAAGUGUGAGUUGUUCGGCCGACCUCACAACGUACAGCCCAAUUGGAUCACCCUUGGAAACCAAGUAGAAGGCGUAAGACUGAAAGACCCGGAUGUGGUGAAGAAUUUCCGUGCACACUAUCCCGAUGGAAAUUGUAUGGGACCUCCUAAAGAUCAGUGACAGGAGGGCUGACCUGCGGCUUCAGUGCCUUGACGUUCUACAUGUGUGACUGAAUAACAUUCACUCAUUCCAUCAUCUGCAUCAAUACAUUACAUACUUACACAUCCUGUUUUACAGGUUACAGAUCUAAGUGUCUUGUUGAAUCGGGCAAAACUGUGAUCAAAUGAUGAUUUUCAAUAAUUUUAUGUAUGAUUUUCAUGUCCAUUAUACAUCAUCAGUUACGUGCAAAUUUCUUUAUUUUUAUUUUACUAAACUUAUUGUAGUCUUCCUGUAUGACCAUGAGUGUCUGUCACACAUCAUGCGACUCCGUUAUAAUCACAACCCUAUGCGAGGGUUUUUUUUGCAGAUAACUUGCCAUGACAGACCUGGAAUUCCAUAUAAUUAUGUCAUGCUCUUUGGGCGUUUCCCAAUUUUUGCAGUGCAGUGCCUAAAAGCAUGGAUUAAAAUAACCCGUCAGUCCAUGAAAUCGUAUUUAUGGAAAGUGUUUUUAAAUAAAACAAAUGUUCAUUUGUAUGCAUUUUCCCACAGGUUUUAGACAGUCACGGACUGGUUGGAAUGAAUUAUUUUUAAAGUAACAGUAUAUAACAGUAUUCUGAUUUCAUCAAAGGGACAGGAUACAGCUCGAUCCACACAGCACUCACAUCAAGUGCUUUGGUCAAAGCUUCAAAUCUCAGUAGACUCAUUCUCUGAUUGGGUCUUGUUCUCAUCCCAACCAAUGCCCCACCACUGGUAUAUCAAAGACCAUGGUAUAUGCUGUCCCGUCUGGGAAAGUGCAUAUUAAAAAAAUCCUUUACUGCUACUGGAAAUGUUUUUGUGUGUUUUCUCAAAACUAUGUUUCACAAUUACAUAAUGUUUGACGUCCAACAGCGGAUGAGCAAUUAAUCGGUAUUCACUAGAGGUGUUGUUAAAUAAAACAAACUUGUAUUAAAUGACCGACAAUGUGAAAACCAGUCAAACACAUAGGUGUCAGAAGAUGCAACAUUUGUUUGUGAAUUUCAACAUUUCUUUGGAAUUUCAACAUUUCUUUGUGAAUUUGAACAUUUCUUUGGAAUUUCAAUGUUUUUUGGUGAAUUUCCAUCUUUCAACCAAUGAAGACCCCAGCUCUGUAUUCUAGCAGGACAAAAGACUUUUUGAACUGGUACCAAGCUAACAUGUUAUCUGUUAACCGUAUGGGUGAGACAUGGCCCAGUGGUAGAAGUGCUCGCCCAGUGCAUGGUCGGUCUAUGAUCAACCCCUUUCAGUGACUCAUUGGGAUAUUUCUCAUUCCAUCCAUUACACCAUGACUGGUUUAUCAAAGGCCGUGGUAUGUGCUAUCCUGUCUAUGGGAUGUUGCUACUAAUGGGGAAAAUUUAGCGAGUUUCAUCUCUAAGA